GAUCAGUCGUUGCCUCGGUUCUCAAGCGACACCGCGAAUUCUAUGAAACACUUACAUUACCUUUCCAUUGAAAGCGACAAUUAUAUCAAUGGCUACGAAUUAAAAUAAUCGGUUAGGUUUGUGGCCUGUGUUAAUAUUGGAAUUAAAAUAAAGUUGUAACGUGUUACGUGCCACGUUUCACGUGUCAUGUGCUUUGAAUACCUGCUGGUAGUGAACAGUACUGUAGAUAGUGUAGAUAUAAUGUCAAUGAUUUGAUUUAACUAAGCAUCAAAACAGAAUGGAUAAUGUUGUUUCGCAUGGUGUGAACGGAGAACGAGUUUGAGGCUCUUAACCAAUGUAUAUUUGGAUUAAUUAAGAUGCUGAACGACUUCUUUUUUAAUCUUCGCUCAAUAAAGAGCUUAAGAGCGCUCAGUGACGGGAAGUGAGAAUAUUUGAGACCGAGUGGAAGAAAAAAGCAACAGAUUGGAAUCUCGGAGUUCCGUGUCACGGACGGCUUAUCAAGACGGUAGAGUAUAUACCUUUUGCUAGCAAAGGACUUCCACUUGUCACAACACACAAAGUCGUGGAGUGCUUCCUCAUCGCCGGGCACAAUGGCUUGGAAAUUUUUUAAAGUUCAGCACGAACGAUGGUCGAUUCACGCGGCUUCAAACAACCAAUAAACCACCUGUGGAGUGUAGCUUCAGCGGCUGCUUCAUCCGACGUGGAUUCUGAGUGUCUGUACGAAGAGAUUUCGAGCCUUUCGGGGCCUCAAGAUUCCGAAGAGGGGGCGCCGAUACCAACAAGUGAUAGAGUCCGCAGGAGCAAGAGGAAGGAAGACGGGAGAGCCCGAAGGAGGAACGGUGCCGGUGCUACCAAUAACUUCUCCAGGGUGGAGGAGGAAUAUGCAGUGCGUGGCAGUUACAGGGAGUCUGGGCAUCAUGACUCAUUCGAUUCAGGUGCAGCUACCCUCAAGCUGACGAGGGGGCGAAAAAAUCAUUCUCGAUAUCUUCAGACAACAACCACCACCACGACUACCACGUAUCAUCACGGGGGACGGAUUCCCCGCUUUAACGCCAGGCCGUCGCGCCAUCAUUUUGGCCGCAGCUCCUUCAGUAAUGAGACGCAGGAAGAAAUACAGGAAGACGACGAAGCCACUCUCAGAGAGUUGCUUGUAAGCCUGCAGAAACAGGUCAGCGUUAUGAGUAUGAACUUGAGUGCCAAGCUGGACGAGCUGCAGCAGCGGGGUGAUCGCCAACUGGAGACGACUGUCGCACUAUGUGAGAUACGCACGCAACUGCAGGAGCUUACCAAGAGUGUUGAGUCCUGCCAAAGUGAGGUCAGCGAGGUCAAGAGAGACAUGGUGGCGAUUAAGCAUGAAUUAGAUACAGUGCAGCAGGUGAAAGAAGAAAUAGAAGAAUUGCGAGAAUAUGUGGAACGCCUAGAAGAGCAUACGCAUCGGCGAAAACUUCGACUUCUCGAACAGGGGUUGACGUUUUUCCUGUCGUAUGCAAUACUGGCAGCGGUGCUUGGGAUGCUGCAGUUUGGAUACAAUACUGGAAUCAUUAAUUCGCCAGAGAAGAACAUUGAGAGUUUCAUGAAGGAUGUAUAUAAGGCUAGGUAUGGAGAAGAUAUGUCAGACAGUACUGUGAACAUUCUAUAUUCUGUGGCAGUCAGUAUAUUUGCAAUUGGUGGUAUGCUUGGCGGUUUUAGUGGAGGAACGAUUGCUAACAGAUUUGGGAGAAAAGGAGGCUUAUUGCUAAACAACGUGCUGGGCGUCGUGGGGGCAUGUCUCAUGGGCUUCACAAAAAUUGCCCAUUCGUAUGAAAUGCUGUUCUUUGGACGGUUUAUCAUAGGUGUGAAUUGUGGUUUGAACACAUCGUUGGUUCCAAUGUACAUAUCGGAGAUAGCGCCAUUGAACCUAAGGGGCGGCCUAGGCACGGUGAACCAGCUCGCUGUUACGGUGGGCCUCCUAGUUUCCCAAGUGCUGGGUAUUGAACAAAUCCUUGGUACAAAUGAUGGCUGGCCUGUUCUCUUAGGGCUGGCUGUUUGUCCUGCCAUUUUACAGCUAGUUCUCUUGCCAAUUUGCCCGGAAUCUCCAAGAUAUUUACUUAUCACCAAGCAAUGGGAAGAAGAGGCACGAAAAGCCUUGAGAAGGUUACGAGCAAGUAACCAAGUAGAAGAAGAUAUUGAAGAAAUGAGAGCAGAAGAAAGGGCUCAACAAGCGGAGUCCACCAUUUCAAUGACGGAGUUAAUAUGCAGUCCAACAUUAAGGGCACCUCUUGUCAUUGGAGUUGUAAUGCAGCUUUCACAACAACUUUCGGGUAUCAACGCUGUGUUUUACUAUUCAACGAGCUUGUUCAUAAGUUCCGGCUUAACAGAAGAGAGCGCCAAGUUCGCGAACAUCGGUAUAGGAUCAAUUAUGGUUGUUAUGACGCUCGUUUCCAUUUUUCUUAUGGACCGGACAGGGAGACGGACGUUACAUUUAUACGGUCUUGGCGGAAUGUUUAUCUUUUCCAUCUUCAUCACUAUCUCCUUCCUUAUAAAGGAGUUUUUUGGUUACGUGCAGGAAAUGAUAGACUGGAUGUCCUACCUUUCGGUGGUUUCGACACUGAGUUUUGUGGUGUUCUUUGCCGUGGGGCCUGGAUCUAUUCCGUGGAUGAUAACAGCAGAACUGUUCUCCCAAGGACCUAGGCCUGCUGCCAUGUCUAUUGCUGUUCUCGUCAAUUGGAUGGCUAAUUUCGUUGUUGGAAUCGGUUUUCUAAAAAUGAAGAGUGCCCUCGAAAACUAUACUUUUCUGCCAUUCAGCGCAUUCCUAGCCGUAUUUUGGAUCUUCACGUACAAGAAGGUUCCUGAAACAAAGAAUAAGACCUUCGAAGAAAUUCUAGCUUUAUUCAGGCACAAUAAUGGCAGGAGCAGUUUACGGGACAGUAGACUAUAUGGGAGCAUGCUAAACUGUGUGAAUGCCUCUGAUGGUGCUGAGGUGCUGAUGGUGGCUGAAGAGAAGCCACAUCCUGAAACAUUUGUAUUUGCAGCUGGUUCUUCCGUCGCCCCCGCUCAACCCGUGAGGCCACCGCCACCGCUUCCCCUGCCACGUUGUCCGAACAACGGUGUCUGACAAUGGGAAAUUCCUCUUAAUAUUGGAAAUGUGAUGUUAAUAAAUAAUCCGCCUUUGCUACUCGAUACAAACAGCUUGACCUUAGAGAACCAGCUCCACGACUCAAAAAAAGUUUACGUCGCAAGGUGACGACAAAAGACGAAGAGACUACUACCAACUUCGAAAGUGACAGAAGCUGUACAGAAUAUUGAAUAUGGACCUCAUUCAUACACUGCAUUGAUAUUCGAAUUAAAGACUUU